AUGCAAUUCAAGUUCUUCGCCGCUGCUUUGGCCGCCACGGCCUCCCUUGCCGCCGCCACAGCGAUUCCCGCGGCUGCUAAUCAGUGCAAUACUGGGCCCAUUCAGUGCUGCAACCAGACGGGCACCGCAAAGGACACUGCUAUCGCGAAGAUCCUCGGCCUCUUGGGCGUCGUCGUUGGAGAUAUUACCGCGAUCGUUGGUGUGAACUGCAACCCGAUCACUGUCAUCGGCGCUGGAGGCAAUUCUUGCACCGCGCAGCCUGUCUGCUGCACCAACAACUCUUUCAAUGGUCUCAUCGCGCUGGGCUGUAUCCCAAUUAACAUUAACUUAUAA